AUGGAGUCACCAAACAAACGGCAAAGAUUGUCCUCGCCUACUCUGGCCACCCAGGACGAUUUUGUCGCAUUUGGAGCAGACGAUGGGGACUUCGGCACCAAUGUCGAGAACGCAGAAGAAGCUACAGCCCUGCACGCACCCUCAGGGCCGAAAGUAGAUCGCGAACGACCUCAAAGGACGGGACAUGGACGACCGGAUCUUGACGUACGAAGUGAUCCACGACAUGCUCGAGACCGGCCCAAGUCGAAGCAUGUCCUACCAGGCCACGAACCAUGGAUCUUGGUUCGGACGAAAUACCGCAGGCGGUUUGUGCACGACACCCAGACCAAGGAGAGCCUGUGGUGGAUCCCCAAGGAUGUCAUGCCUGGUGUUGUUGAAUUUGAAACGUGGGAGAAAGAGCAGAAGGAGAAAAAUGCCAAUGCGAAGUGGGCUGAGCAGCAGUUGAAGGAUAUGCGCGACAACAGCAAAGCGACCGACGUCAAUCAAACGGCUGAUGAGGAGGGCCGAAGUCGACGUCGUAGGAGUGAGAGCUUGCAGAGAGAGGACGAAGAGGCUAUGAUGGCAGAGCUGGCAGCACAGGCCGAGCGGUAUGAAGAGCAAGAUGUCAAGGAGACCGUGAAAGCGAUCGAUAAUCUCGACGAGCGGAAGCUGGAAGCUGGCUUGGAGAGUGAUAGCGAGUAUGAGGUUGUGGAAGUUACGGACGACGAAGAUGAGGAGGCUGGAGCGGCGGGCGAUCGAGAAGACCAGGCGGAGAGUGGGCAGGCCUUGGUUAAUCACGAUGUUGCUGCCCCGUCAGAAGCUGUCGACCAGCAGGAAGGUCCCGUCGAGUUUGGUGAAGACGAUAUCGCGUACCAACUAGCAGCCAUGGGCGAAGAGUAUGGUCUUGAUCCUGGUGAAUAUGGCGAAGACUACGAUCAAGAGUGGGAAGAUGGUGCUGAAGGCUUAGCAUUGAAUGAGGAAGACGCGUCGAACCUGUUUCGAGAUCUAUUAGACGAUUACAGAAUCAGUCCAUAUACACCAUUGGACAGAGUGAUAGCCGAUGAGUCGGAAGGCAGCAUCCUGAACGACGAUCGCUACACCGUGCUACCCAACAUGCGUGCUCGCAAAGAAGUUUUCGAUGCUUGGGCGCGCGACAAGGCCGCACAGAUCAAGCAGGAACGUGCGGCCAUGGAGAAGAGAGACCCGAGGAUUCCAUAUCUUGCUUUCCUCCAUGAAAAAGCAACGCCUAAGCUCUACUGGCCAGAAUUCAAGCGGAAAUACAAGAAACAACCCGAGAUGACUGACCGGAAGCUCAAUGACAAAGAUCGGGAGAAGUUGUAUCGCGAUCACAUCAAUCGUCUGAAGCUUCCGGAGAGCACUCGGAAAGCCGAUCUGCAGGCUUUGCUCAAGAGCACACCAUUGAAGGCAUUGAAUCGAGACAUACGACUGGACUCGCUGCCACAGAACCUGCUCUCUCAUUUACACUUCAUCAGCUUGCCGUCCAACACUCGAGACAGUAUUGUGGAGUCGCACAUCAAGAGAUUGCCGCCCGCGCCGGGUGACGAUGACAUGACCGAUGAGCAACAAGCCGAGGAGGGGAAGAGGCGCGAGGAGCGGAAGCGUCGCGAAAAGGCUAUGGCAGAUCGCGAGCGACAAGUCGACGAAGAAAGACGCCGCGCUGAGAAAGACGAAGUGCGAGCGAGGCGGAAUCUCCAAGAUGAAGAGCGGGAAUUGCAGCGCGCCAUGGCUGUUCCUAAUCGUGGGCUCAAGAACGCGCUGGCGUGA